AUAACCUCUAGUACUAUAAAAUCCCCCCAAGAAGCGGCAAACUUACACUCUCUCCCAACUAAAACAUCAACAAUCAACAAAUUGACCACACAACAACUUAAACUAUCUUAAUUUAACUUCAUUACCUCUAUCAAACAUUACCAUGUCUACUCUUCCCGAUCAUUUUACUAUCACCGUCGAUGGUAAGCACGUUGCCAAGCCCGAGCAAAAGAGCGAAGAAAUGUUUCAGGCUGAGGCUGGUGACGAGCCCGCCGUCUUUGAGCUCAAGGGUGACCGCCUUGUCAGCGGUGAUUUCUCUCUGGGCCGAUGGAUAGUUGAAGAUAUGAGUAGCCACCCCAAGCCCAUCAUGUGGCGCAAGAAUGAGGAAGAAUCGCGAGACCUGCGACCUGUGACUGUCACACACAGCAUCAAUGGUCCAGAGAUCAGGUUCCAUGAUUCUCAAGGUAUUGCCAUUCACGAUGGAAAGCUCUUUGCAAUCAUGGAUCAGAACAAAGAGGAGAGCCAGUCGGUAGAGAUCCGUGCUGUUGAAGAAUAGGCAGAGGCUUGUAGGUCUACGCGGAGGAUCGCUCGUUACCUAUAGGUUGAAGACAGGUUCGCAUGGCGAUCUUGAGAUCUGCAUCAUUCAGAGAUCUCAUAGUACUAUAAAAAAUCUUUCGAAUUCAUUGAACUAUGCCGUCCC